CCUACCUUUAUCUCCCAAUUCAAAAUUCCACAUCAUCGAUCUAUUAAAACGCUGCGGCUUUCUCCCUUUCUUUUUCAUCGUUGAUCUACAAUCCUCCUCUCCUGCAACCUCUUUCAUUCCUUCUUACUUGCUUGCUUCCUAUCAUUAUGGCGACACCACCACCACCACCAUCAUCAUCAUCCGUUCCGAAUAGAGCAGUGAUUACUUCUCCCCAAGCGGAAAAUGGCGAAGAAUUCAAAGUCUCUGUGUUUGCUUCGUCUUCAGAGUUGGUGGCAAAGCUGCAAGAGAAUUGGGCAGAAAAAGGGAAAGAGAAACCGUACCCAGCGAUGUACUCGAGUGUGUAUGGCGGGAUCACACUCGAUCCAGCCAUGAUGCUCAUCCCUAUAGACGACCACAUGGUUCAUCGCGGCCACGGCGUGUUUGACACCGCCAUCAUUCUCGACGGACAUCUCUACGAGCUCGACACCCACCUCGACCGCUUUCUCCGAUCAGCCUCCCAAGCAAAGAUCACCCCUCCUUACUCCCGUUCCGCCCUUCGAUCCAUCCUCAUCCAGCUCGCCGCUGCAUCCCGAUGCCAAAAGGGCACCCUCCGAUAUUGGGCAAGCGCCGGCCCCGGCGACUUCCUGCUCUCCCCCGCGGGCUGCCCCACCCCGGCCUUCUACGCCGUGGUCAUACAAGACGACUUCUCCCAAUGCCGCCAUGGAGUCAGUGUGGUCACGUCCCGAACCACCCCGAUGAAGCCGCCGUUGUUUGCUACCAUGAAGAACGUGAACUACUUGCCGAACGUGCUGGCGAAGAUGGAGGCGGAGGAGAAGGGGGCAUUCGCAUCGAUAUGGGUGGACGAGGAAGGGUACAUCGCGGAGGGCCCCAACGUGAAUGUGGCCUUCAUCACCCGCGACAGGGACCUCGUGAUGCCCCCCUUCGACAAGAUCCUAGCUGGCUGCACCGCUCGCCGCCUUCUGGAGUUGGCCCCCAAGUUGGUGGAGCAAGGGCAGCUGAGGAGUGUCACCACCCGGAAUAUGACUCUGGAAGAGGCCAAAUCAAGUGCAGUUGCAGAGAUGAUGUACGUCGGGAGCACCCUCCCCCUUCUUGCCAUCGUGACCUGGGACGGCAACCCGAUCGGAGACGGAGACGGUAAGGUUGCAGGAGAAUUGACGAUGGCACUCUCGGAUCUGCUCUGGGAAGACAUGCUUUAUGGCCCUCCCGACAAGAGGAUUCCAAUUCCCUAUAGCUCCUAAGCUACUAUCAAUCAUCAUCAUCAUCAUUAUCACCACACCAUCGAUCAAGAUUUAUAUCAAUCAUCAUGCACUGCAAAUUUUUCACUGCACGUCUUAAUUAUUAAUUAGUUCUCAUGCACUGCAUUGUAUUGUAUUGUAUUGUUUGUUGAAGUGGAUUGUGUCAGUGUGUGUGGCCCUCGGCUAAUUUUUCCUUGUCAUCCUUUCCCCUCAAAGAGAAAAAGAAAGAGAAAACGGAAAAGAAGAGAUCUAUAGAUCGUCUUACCAUUUUCAUUGUCCCUUUGAAACAAUAAACUAUCAAUUUAAUAUUAUUUCAAUGCUAUGUUUUCUAUGGAUAAUGAGAAAGCUCACUCUGUGAUCUCAAAGGUAAAAUAGAUUAAACAGAGAGAUGAAUGUUUUUUUUUA